AACCGAAAACAUUUUUUCAAUCUUUUAACAUCGCUAAGAAACAUCUGCAUCGUAGCACACCGAGUGGGGCGGUCAUUAUUGAAAUACUUUCAAAAUACUGUUGGCAUUGUAAAUUACAGUCUACACUUUGAUGUGACAGCAAGCAAUUCAUUUAAUUUGUUGUCGAACUAUUGAUUUGAAAGUGCUGUAUCACUGUGACAUUUCCUCAGCCACUUGUGGAGAUCUCACAAAUGUAUAAAUGCGCAUUCUAGAGUUCAUGCAAGGAGCUGUUGGAAGCAUUGAUACAGUKUGGAAAAGCGUUAAAAGUUGGUUCAGUGAGAAAAAAAGGUUUGGUUUGAACUUCGUGCUACGAAAACCCGUGAUGAAUAGRUCYCGAGUUCCACUGCUUCCAACGUUUUACUACAAUCCUAUCGCAGUUACCUACUGUGUAAUUGGAGUGUCUGCAAUUUCCUUAAACGGCUGUGCACUCAUUGUAUUCUUAAAAAAUCCCUGUCUUCUGAGAGCGUCAAAUCUUAUACUAUUAAGCAUGACACUAUGUGACUUGAUGGUGAACGUACUCGCCUCCCCUGUCGGAGCCUAUGCCAAYGCUAAGCGAUGGUGGACUUUAUCUCCUUCAGUAUGUCACUACUAUGGUUUYAUGACAACUUGGUUAAGCUUAACCUCGAUUUUACACAUUUCUGCCCUUGCGGCCGAACGUUGGAUGACUAUUAAACUAAAACAGCCUCRYAGYCGUUCACCACGAAGGAUUCUUGUGAUCGUGAGCGGCUUAUGGUGGUUCGCGCUGACGUGGAGUUUAUUUCCAUUGUUUGGCUGGUCUUCAUAUAGUCCCGAACCAGGCUUUGCAGGGUGUUCAAUCGAAUGGUAUUCAAGUACUCUAAUGCCCAAAUUCUACAUUGCUGGAACGUUUACAUUUUUCUUUUUUGUGCCCGUUGUGAUCAUCGCUUCGUGUUUUAUCAGAACGUACCUGGAGGUCAGCAGAUUGAUAAAAAAGGCCGCUCUACGGUGGGGCACGGAGUCGCUCCCAACAAAACGAUCCCUCAAAGCUAAGAUAAAAGCUGCACGCAUGUCUGUUAUAAUGACUGUGGCUUUCUUUAUGGCAUGGACGCCUUACGCUAUAAUGUCAUUAAAAACGGUGUUUACGCCUAACCACGGCCCGCCAUUGCUCAGCGUUGCAGCGGCUAUGUUUGCAAAGAUGGCAUCAUGUUACAAUCCAAUUAUAUAUUUUUUUAUGUAUCAUAAGUUUCGAUCAGCGACUAUUUCACUGGUUCAAAUGAGAAGAAAAUCAAGCCAUGAAUUUCAGCUUACUAGUGAAAAGAACUGAAAUAACUAAAGCAAGAACAUCGAAGUGCCUAUGACGCCUGACUAAAUAAUUUCUGAUUCUCUGUGAGCUGAUUCUAUAUAAAGUAAAUAAUUA